AUAAAUAAUCUGUGGUUUUCACUGGUCGAUCGAACUACCGAAGAUCUUGGUUGGAAACUUAUUUACGUAACAACUCGCAGUUUUGCAAACGUUGAGGUUAGACUUGGUAAAAUCUUUCAAAAUGUUGGGCCGUUUGGGAAAAAAACACGUUGAGAUAGCGGCAUCGUUCGCGACAUCAGCAGUUGGCUUCGGAGGUGCGGCGCUCGUGGGCCUCAUCUACGUCACGGACUGGAGACGGUUCUGCACCGUGAUCCCCUUCUACAGGGGCAAGUUCCAGCAUGAGCAAGAAGAGAAGUAAUUCACAAAGUGAAAUUAGCGAAUCAAUUAUGAAUUGUAUAUUUAUUUAGUGUCAAUGUUAUUAUAAUAUCUAAGUCAGCAUUCUAA